GGUGUGGGGGCGGGGGCGGGCGCGGGGGGCGCGCGGCCCGUGCUCCAGGGGUUCAUAGCGGCACUCAAGGACGGAUUCGGGUUCAUCGAAACUUCGGAUCACUCCAAGGAGGUGUUCUUCCAUUUCAGUAACCUGGAGGGCAGUGCGGACGAUCUGGAGCUGGGCUCGGAGGUGGAGUACGUGGUGGGCAGGUGCGGCGGUGGCGGCGGGGGCGGCGGUGGCGGCGGCGGCGGCGGCGGCGGCUGUGCCAGUGCCGAGUGGGUGCGCGCACUGCCGCCCGGCACUGUGCCGGUGGCGCCGCAUCAGUCGCAGGCGCUGCACGGGAUUGUGACGCGAACGCUGCGGGCACUCAACCCUGACCAGCCCCAGUACUCCGGUCUGAUUAAGGUGGCCGGUGCGAAUUCAGGCGGCGGGGAAAAUGGUUAUCAGUUCGGUAUAAUGGGUCUGGCGUGCAAGCGUGAGAUCCUGCAGGUGGGCGACCCGGUCACCUUCCACCCCAACGUGGAGGGGCUCGCAGCCAACAUCGUGCCCGUGCGCAAGAAGCGGCGCGCUACAGUCGACGCCAUCAAGGGUGGUUUCGGUUUCCUGUCUGUGGAGGGCGAGGAGGCGCGUCGUCUGUUCUUCCACAUGUCGGAGGUGCGCGGGGGCGCGGGCGAGUUGCAGCACGGCGACACGGUCGAAUUCGUGCUGCUCACCAACCCGAGGAACGGCAAGUCCUCCGCCUGCAACGUCGUCAGAGUCGGACGCGCUCCGAGCGGAGGGGGAUCGAAUCGUGGUCGCGGCGAACGCGGGGAGCGCGGCGAGCGCGGCGAGCGCGGCGAGCGUGGCGAGCGCGGCGAGCGACCAGAGCGGUUGCUCGCUCGGCUGCGGACCGCGUCGCUGGAAGACGCCGCGCCCCGCGUGCUGGUGCUGCGGCCCCCGCGCGGACCGGACGGGUCCCGUGGGUUCAGACCCCGUCGCCCUGUGCAAGAGUUGCUGGCGGAAUGAGCUGACUGCGCGAAUUAGGUCGUGUUAUGGUUUGGUUUCAAAUUCAAAUUGUUCUUGUAAUCAUGAGAGACUGACUGAUCCUGUUUCUUUAGAAGCAUUUAAAUUGUUUUGUUAUUUAAUCAUCGUAGGAGCCGCAGUAAAUGAAUGUGUACCGCGACACAGUGCAAGGAACAGAGCCGAACAUAUCAGUGUGCCCGAUUUAUUUAUUAUAUUAUUGGAGCGCACUCUAUCUACAGUUCAUAAGAGGUUCUUUUUCGCAUAGAGACGUUGUUCAAAAUUCCGUGGCGUGGUCGCGUACAGUUUGCCAAAUUCCGGAGCCCGACCCUCCUGUAAAUAUUACGCUAAGUAGUACGCCUGCAGCCGCGUGCUCGCAUUAUACUUAUUUGUGUAGAUGCCGAACGCUAAAUGAGAGAUCGUGGGUGGAGGUACGUGACAUAUCCGAGGUCGCCGAUGCGGAAUCUUCUGUGAUUAUGGAAAUUUCAAGUGCAAUAAGUUUGUAUAAUGGUUAAAUUAAUAAAAUGAACGCUAGUCUGUAGGUAGCGGCGGGUAGUCCUCGGCUCUGUGUCGCCGGAACGACGCAUUUACACUAUGCAAUGAACUGGAAUGGAACCAAAGACUGAAAAUAUUUAUUAUUACAAUAAUAAUAUUGGUAUUAGAUUAUGUUUAAUUAACUGUGCGCCUGGUGUGUGGACCGCGCGCACGUGUGCGUGUGCGUGCGCGUGCCCGUGUACGUGUACGUACAUAGACGUGCACGUACUCGCUCGCGGCGUCCUCACCUGGCGAUCGUAACACUCGGCCUUGAUCCAAAGAGGAAUAGGAAUUUUGAACAAACGUUAUCAUGCUAAUAAUAAUAUGCUUAAAGUGAACAACUUUUAUUUUGCAGUAUAAAUUACUCAUUUAACCGAUCUGUAGUAAUAGUUGAGGUGUAAUAAUCAGGAAAUCGAUGUUGUAGUUUACGCGAAUAAGUCCCGGAUGCUUCGGGUGUAGGUACUAAUACUAGUCUUGAUGCGCUACGUGACAACCGACACGUCAUAUGUAUAUAAUUCUUUUAAAAUCACUCGGUGCAUUUUUCAAUGAAAUUUUGAUAAAUUACUAAUUGAUCUGAUCUGACGAAUACAACAGCUGUAGAGAAAUAAAUUUGGCAGUUUUAUUUAUCAUAAUAUAAAGUAACUGUAUACAUAAUUAUGUAAGUAGUUGAGGAUUUGGAGAGCCAGAUAUGAGAAAUGAAAAUUCGGUGCCUAAAAGAACCUCUAUGGUGUGACCUAUAUACCAACAGUUGAAAGUGUUAAAAUGUUAUAACGCCUUGCAACAAUUCCACACCCUCGGAUAAUCGUAAGAGUUAUUUUUUAUUUAGUUCUUCAAAUGUAUUCAUUAGACAAGUUAUCAAUGCCAAAUGUAUAAACACCAUGUACAGUUUUGAAAAUUGUGAUUAAAACAAUGUACACCACA